AUGCAAUUCUCUGUUACCACGGUCAUGGCCGCUGCCCUUGCCUCUCUAGCUCUCGCAAACCCUGUUCAGCUGGAGUCUCGCCAGGACCAUUCCAAGGUCUCCUCCUUCAGCGACGACCUCUGCACGAACGGCGAGCAGGUCUUCGAGGUCACCGGCGUCGGAGCCCGUCGUUGCAUCCCGGUCUCCAACAAGCGCUCCAUCAAGGUCGCUGAUAAGCGCGGUUGUACGAUCAAGACGUGGAGUGGUUCCAACUGCGGAGGCAGCGACUUCACCCUCCCUGAUGGCGAUCUUGACUGCCACUCCGUUCUCCACGCCGCAGUGGAAAUCAUUUGCUAG